CAUUACUCUAAAAUAUAUACAUGUAUAUCGUAUGUAUAGAUGGACUUCUCAACAGUCGACUUGACGAGGACUUUUUGACGAUUGGUGCCCAAUAGAUAAUAAGCUCAACUAAGGCAAGAAAAGAGUGAGGAUUCAAUAGAAAAAAAAGAGGGCAAACAGAUUGAAUCAUUUUGGGUAGAGUUGAGCAGUUCCUUUUUCUUUUUCUUUUUUUUUUUGCAAUGAGGAUUCCUCAACUCUCUUGUUCCAAAAAUUUGAGUCAACUUCCAUGGCUCUAUGCCUUGUUGUUUUGCUUCCUUGUCCUCUUUAGUUUCUUCAGUUGCUCUGCUGCGAAGCUUUCUUAUGCUGAUCAUUGCGCUGAUGUCGUCCCUGAAUCCAAUCCUACUGUUGGGGUCGUCCCUAUUGGAUCUUUCCCAGUUUUUGAUCUUUCAAGAAGUUACAUCCGAGUUGGUGACAAGAUUGAUAAGGUCAAGACGCUAGGUAAUCAGAGCUGGAUUGAUUAUCAAACGUUUGUUGCAUUCCGUACCCGGAAUGUGCUUACCACCAGCACCAGAGGAAUCUACAAAGUUGAAGGCUUCCUGGUGUUCAGAUUUCCAGGAUACGGAAAUUACUCAGGCCGAAUCACCCCGAGUUUUUACCGGCGCCGGCGAGGAUUGUCCAGAAUUUUCCUGAGUGGGUUCUGGUCAGAGGAUUCCAGGAAGCUUUGUAUGGUGACAGCUGUGUCUGGGAGAACACAAAGAAGUAAGUCUCUUGAUUAUGAAGGUGUUUUUGAGCUUAAUUGUGCAGAAAAGAAUGCAACUGUGUUCACUAGUUUAGCUAAAGGUUCCUUUGUAAGUGUGAGUCCAUCAAACAGCAAUAACUAUUUUGAGCCAAUUAAGAUUGUUUCAUUCCCAUCCCUCAAUGAUUACAAUUAUACUCUGAGCUCAAGAGGUUGUUUAGGUGGAAAUGAUAUUCCACCAAAACAGUCCCUUAGCUUGCAGCAGAAUAGCAUUUGCUCCAUGCUGCAGUGGAAAAGCUAUGACCUUGAACUCAAGUAUGCAGCAGGAUGCAAAAGUUCACAGGAUUGCAGUCCUAUUGAUGAGGACCUUCCUUACUUGUCCUUGUCCGGAUUUCAGUGUUCCGAGGAUGAAGGAAAGCUUCGAUACAUAGCUUCUUUUCGAGGCAGGGGAUAUGGUUGGCACGGCGCAACCUUUGACCCGAAUAGAACAUUGAUUGGGGAAGGAUCCUGGGACAAUGAUAGAAACCAACUGUGUAUUGCGGCUUGCAGAGUUCUCAAUCCUUCUAAUUCUUUAGAAGAUGUCAGUGUUGGUGAAUGCUCAAUCAGGUUAAGCCUAAGGUUUCCUCUAGUCUGGACUAUCAGGGAUACAAGCAGCAUAAAUGGCCUAAUUUGGUCUAACAAGACGGCCACUGACGCUGGAUAUUUCAGGAAUAUCAGCAUAAGCAGUCCUAACUUCGUCAACAAUGGAGUGGAAUUGCCUGGUCUGAAAUAUGAGUUCACUGAAAUGCAGAAGGUAAGAGAAUUAUGUCCCGCAAAUCUUAAAGCUGUUAACAAUAGUGGGAACUCUUACCCUAAAGGGAAUUCUGGUGAUAUGAGGUUUGAUAUGUAUGUUGAACAUUCAAAGGAAAGAAUUGCUUGGGGUUAUGCAGACCCUCUCUUUGUUGGUGAUAAGCUUUUCGGGCAAAACUCGGAGCUCAUCAUGGAUUCUUCAGGUCAAGUUGAGUCCAUCAGCUACAGUGACCCGAUGGAUGCCAGCCAGAUGAAUGUCAGCUACAGACUUUCAUUCUCAGCAAUAAAAUCCCAUUACCAAAACCAGCUUUUCCCCAUUCCUUCGUCAUCCAAUUUCAGCAGUUUCAUCGAGAUUUCUGCUGAAGGUGUUUAUGAUGCUGAGACAGGACAUCUAUGUAUGGUUGGUUGUAGAGAUAUCUAUCUGAUGAGUGAAAGCGGAAAAUCGCAGGACUGCGAAAUGUUUAUUGAAUUUCAGUUUUCCCCUUUGAAUUCAAAAGUUGGGCGUUCAAUCCAGGGAACUAUUAAAAGCAAUCGAGCAAAAGCCGAUUCUCUUUACUUUGAACCAUUGAAGAUAUCUUCUCGCUCUUACUAUGGUGUUCAAGUUAAAAAAUCCUUAUGGAGGAUGGAUUUAGAGAUUGUUAUGGUUUUGAUCUCUAACACAUUGUUAUGUGUAUUCGUCGCAUUGCAGAUAUUCUAUGUCAGGAAGCACCCAGAAGUCCUCCCUUUCAUUUCGCUCGUCAUGCUCGCUAUCCUCACCUUGGGUCGUAUGAUUCCUCUGGGGCUAAACCUUGAGGCCCUCCUACUGAAGCACACAAACAGGCAACACAUGGUUCUUGAAGGCGAAGGAUGGCUCGAGUUGAACGAGGUCAGCGUAAGGGUGGCCAAUCUAGUAGUCUUUCUCCUCCUGUUGCUCCUCCUCCAAAUGGCAUGGACUUCAAGAAAGGCAAACGGAGAUGGAAAACAAUAUUGGGCUGCCGAGAAAAGAACACUGUAUGUGACAUUGGUUCUCAGUGUUUUUGGUGGAAUAAUUACAUUGUUGGUGGAGUGGAUGAAAUCUAGUGCUUGGAAUGGCGGAUAUUCUCAUCAAGUUUUCCCUUUAACAUACCUGAAAUCAUAUUCUGGUUUGGUUCUUGAUGGUUUUCUCUUACCUCAAAUCCUUUUCAACAUAUUCCAGAGUUCAGCAGAGAAGUCACUGUCCUGUUCUUUCUACAUUGGAACCACAUUCGUCAGGUUGUUACCUCAUGCCUAUGAUCUCUACAGGGUUCACAGUUUCAGGCAACAGGACUACUAUGGUUCAUACAUUUAUGCGAACCCGAAAGCCGAUUUCUACUCCAUUGCUUGGGAUGUCAUCAUUGUUUGUGGCUGUGUAGUGUUGGCUGUGAUCAUUUGGUUUCAGCAGCGAUUUGGUGGGCGAGGUAUUCUUCCACGAAGAUUUUUGGAACUGGCUUCAUAUGAGAAGGUCCCUGCAGUUAGCAGUGAGUAGAAAGAGUAAAGCUUUUCUAGUUCACUUCAAAUAUUGGAGAUAUCAAAUUUGAAGUAUAUAUAAUUGAUAAAAAUUUCCAUCGUACUUUGGUGUAAAGUGAUCAACCUUUUCUUUUUUCUUCUUGGCGUUUUUUAUUUCGCUUGAUGUUUUACAUUAGUAUACAAUUCUUGAAUUAUUGGUCCCAUCCAUCUUCCAACAUAGAACGCUAAUAAACGGAUUUAGCAGUAACCAAAACAAAAAUUGAACACUUGUUUAGCCUGGGGUCCCGUCUAACCAAAUAUCUCAAGUUCGAGUCAUGUUAAAUGAAUUAAAAAAG